CGUUGACUUUCGUUCGCCGCGAACGGUAAUAUUUGUAGAAAUCUUAAACAAUAGCGAUAUAUAUAUAUACAUACAUAAGUAUAUACCAUUCGCUUCGAACGCUUAUAUUUAAAACGCAUUAGGGAUAUUAUAGGCGUUUUACUAAAGUAAAGUAAAAUUGCAGUAUCAGUUCUAGCGCAUACUAUAGUUUUUGAAAUAAAAACUAUUUUGUGAAUAGUGCUCGCACAAGCCUGCAAAAUCAAUUGAGGCAAAGUUUUUAAUUAAAAAAACAUUCGUGUUUUCCAAUUUUAAACAGAUUAUUUGAAUUAGUGGGAGUCUCAAUCAAUUUAAAAGCAAAUUAUUGGUUGAUAGGACAUCUCUUACUUAAAGUUUCUCGGUUCGAGUUUGUGGUUGUGAGGUUAAGCGUUUUAUUAGUAUUCCCUUGUUUUAAUUACAUUUCAAACGCAAAAAAGUACGCUCACUAUAAAUCACGUAAAUUUACAACGCACAUAUCCAGCCGUCCGUCGAUUAGUGAUACCUUUAUAAAUAAACAAGAAGUGUGGAAUUAAAAGCAGACUGAGUAUAUCAAGCGCCCAAACGCUCCGACACAAACAUAUACUAAAAUCCAACAAGAUGACCUCGACUCCACCAAAAACGGGCGAAGAUUUGCUUGGCGAAUCUUGGAUUGAGCUAAGCAGUGCCGCUACAAUGGCUGGCGUGAAGAGCCCCGACAGAAUCACACCAUUGCCUUUCGCAAGUGGCGAGGAAUAUUUACGUUUGCUGCGUGAGGCACAACGUGAAUCAAAUCAAUCCAGUCGUGUUGUCUCUCUAGCCAGUUCGCGACGUGAUACACCCAGGGAUAGCCCGAAAUCACCACCCAACAGCCCGAAUACCGAACUCACACCUGACGAAGAUCUCAAAAAUGUUUACAUAAAUUAUUGGAGCAAGGAAGGCGAUAGUCACAAAGACACCGAUUGGCUGGAUGAAUGGAAUAGUCGACCGGAUCAACAACCACCAAAAGAUUGGAAAUUUGAACAUCCACAAAAGAAAAAGGGCUCAGGUUAUUCCAUACGUUUAACUCGCGUAGGCAAGAACUCGCUAUUUUCCAGAGAAAUACUAUACUCGCUCAUUCUUUCAAAUGUACUAUCUUUGCUAUUGGGCGCUGGACUAGGCUUGUGGCUAAGCAAACGUGGCAUCCUCUUGACCCGAGUCGUCAUUGACUGAACUGAAUGUUAAAGAAAAGUGAUUUAUAUAAAUAUUAUUCUAAUUUUAUAAUUUUAAACGGAGCGAAAUACAAAAGCAGAAAAGGAGCGAAAACAAAAAAUACAUAGCAACAUAUAAAUAUUUUUAAUAAAUACAAAAUUGAAGAAUUAAAAUUAAUACGAGAAAAAAUGCAAAAAUGUUAAGGAGCUAACAUACGAAGAAGAAUUAAACAUAUUUUCAUACCAACAAAACAAAAAAAGAUGAAUUAAAGAAACAGUGGAGAUAUUUAUAGCAAAGUAUAGGAGUAAUGCACAUCUGACUUGGCGUUAAGAAGAUAAGCAAAUUAUUUUUAAUUUCUUCAAUUUUUAUUUGUGUAUUCCAUAAAAACAAUUUUCAUAUACAUACACAUACUAACGUGUAAUGCACACAUGGCAGUAUGUAUUUGUACGUUGUGCGACAGCUAUGAUAAUCAUUGCAGAUGAUGAAAGCGAAUUACAUUUUAUAUUGCAAUGUUAUUGAAAAGUAAUUUAAUUAUAAUUGCACAUAUGUAAAUAAAUGCAUAUGUGCACGUUGGAAAUACUAGAAAAAUUAACGCUGUGUGAUUUGAUUUAAUUGCUUGUCAUUUGUCAGCUGAUCAUGGAUUGGAAAAUAAGUUUAUAAAAGUAUUUGACAAAUCACACAUGCGGAACAAAUCUUUAUAUAUCAAAUUAAUAUAUAUACAAACCUAUUAAAAUGUACUAACUGAUCGAAACGUGCGACACAAGAGUGGGCUCAGGUCUUUUAUUAUUACAUAUAUUAUACCGAAUUUUUCAAACUUAAAAUCCGAUUUAUUAUUCUUACGAAAGUGCUUUGUAUUUGAACUUUUUUACAACAUUUAUUAUUAAAUAAAUAUAUCUUAACUAUUUUAAUGCGUUUAUGAUGAAAAUAAAACAAUGAGUGUAACAAAAAAUAUGCACUAGAAAUUAGUAUGUAGCAUACUUUAUUAAUAGUAAAGAUACAAAUAAUUGUAAAACAUAAAUAUUACAUUCAUAUUUGAAAAAAACUCUUGUCUUACAAAACGUUUUCAUUAUUUUUAACCACUUGUUGCUAAAAAAAAACGUCUGGAACCAUAGACAGUUUUUAUUUAUUAUGCUUGCGCUCGCGAUAUGUUGCUCCUUUUACCUUAACGUUCUCGCCAGCUUAUUUUUAGACUUAAUUUUUUAAUCAUUCUACAGUUUACGGUUCAUUAAAAUUAUCUAUGUUUCAUAUUUCUAUAUAUAUAUAUAUAUUUGUAACUACAAUUGUAGUAUGAUUGGUACCCGCAUAAUAUGGGUUUACCAGUACCACCAGAACGCGUUUGUUUUUUCUAGCUUUUAGUCCAAGUAUGGCGUGGGGUAAUAACCUCAAUGUUUGAAUACAUAUAACUAUACUAUAUAUAUACAUAUGUAUGUACAUAUAUCCAAA